AUGGCCAAGAAGCGGAAAAGAGUUCCGCCAGCCCGGGAAGCAGCACUGUCCUUCUGGUCAUGUGUGCUGCAUAGCUUAGAUGACCGCACGGCCGACCCUGGCUGCGAGCCAUUGCCCGCGCGCUUCGCCUGUGCGGGCAACGCUGACAUCGCUGACGCGCACUGGGCCCGGAAAGGUAGCAAAGCAGCGAGGCGUCUCGGAGCACCUCCUGUGCUCUGGCCAACAUUGAGAACUGCCUGGGCCGUGGAGCUUCGUCCGCACAGGGAGCAGCUUGGCUUCAAAGAGGGACCCUGGAAGCAGGCUGCCAUAUUCUUUGUGGAGCGCGCCUCAAUAUCCAGUGGGCAUGGCCAGGAGGUGUCCGUUCAUCUGUGCGGCUACCCGUUGCCUGCGUGGCGCUGGGUCCAACAGACCUCGUCUCCAGACCACCCUAUCCAAGCAAUGCUGCGGCCGUUGGAGGACUUGGUCCCGUCGCUUCGCAUGUGGACAGCCUGUGUCCUGGCCCCGAAGCCUCCCUUCUUGCACCAGCUUGUGGGGGCGCGCGGCGCGACGCACCAGAUCUUUUCCGACUCUGACUCAGAUGCGGGGCAAGCAGAGGCAAAGGCGGAAGUGUCGGAGCACGAGGAAUUCUCGAAGACGCGGGAAGCCUUGGAAACCUCAGACUCAGAGGAGCCGAUGAAGCCGAAGGACCAGGACGGAUUGCAGCGGCGCUGCCACUUGCUGCAGGGCCCGCCAGGCACCGGGAAGACUCGAGCAGUAGUGGCGCUGCUCCAGCAGCUGGCACAAAGACACAAGCUCGGAGAUGAGGGCCGUAUUCUGGUGAGUGCUCCCAGCAAUGGUGCCGUGCAGGUUGCUCUGGAGAGUUUCAGCAAGACGGAGGAGGGCCGUCGAUGCCCACUGUGUCUUGUUGGUGUGGACGACCGGGUGCCUUCCGAAGGGCCCCUUCGGGCAGCGUUUAUCCACACUCGAGUGCAACAUGCCCUCGCUUUGGUGAAGAAGUGUGUUGACGACCUAAGCGACACCUCGAUGCUGCAAGAAGCGGUCGAGGCACUGCGCACGCUGGAGCGGAGUGUUCCUGCGGCCUUUCUCAGGCUGAAGCUGCCACGCAACUUGUCCACGAAAUACCUGCGGAACUGCUUGGACAACAGGGAGGAGCUUGAAGUUCUGAGGAUUGCCCUCACAGAGAUUUCUGUGAGCGCAACCUUGUUCGACGGGUUGCGAUGGGUCUUGAGCCUUGAGCUUCAGAGCGAUCUCGGGGUGCCCGUCACCUCUGUGCUCUGCGUGCUCUGCGAAGCAGCUGCUCACAAGCUGAUGGCAGGUGAAGCUGCGACCUCUUCAGACGAGUCGGAGUCCGCUGCGCAGCACUUCACGAGGCGGCCCAUUCGUGGCGGUCUCAUUCAGCGUCUGACUGAGCUAGCGCGGCGCGAGCGCUUCGGGGAGGCGCUUGAGUUCGAGACGGAACAGCUGAAAGCUGCAGCAGCUGUCUUCUGCACGCUCAGCUGCGCGGGCAGGCCUGGGUUGCAGAUGACUCUGCGUGACGGCAUCGAAACGGUGUUGGUGGAUGAGGCCGCCCAAGCCAUCGAAGCGGAGACGUUGGUGCCCCUGUGCCUGCAGCCGAAGCAGCUGGUCCUGGUGGGAGAUCCAAUGCAGUUGAGCGCCACCGUCUGCCACUCCGACAUGGCGAAGAGCGCGCAUUUCUGCCGGUCGAUGAUGGAGCGGCUAAUGGGUCUUGGGCAGGAAUACAUCAUGCUCCAGGAGCAGUACCGCAUGCAUCCAGAGAUCAGCCGCUUCCCCUCCGCUCGCUUCUACGGUGGGCGGCUGGUUGACGUGCGUGGGAACUCGGGGCACUUUCCCAGUCACAACUUGCCGCCGUACGCCGUGGUGGAUGUGGCAUCAGGUGCUGAGGAGAUCUACCGUCAGGACAGUCACAUCAUCAACAGACGUGAAGCAGAUGCCCUGGCGCACUUUGCGAAGCAGUUGGCUGCAGUUUGCAAAGAUCAGGGCAAGAUAGCUAUGGGCCGCUGCCCUGCUCUUGUGGUAAUAACUUUUUACAACGGCCAGGCCAGGUUGAUCCGUCGGUUGCUGGGGGCACAGGCUGGCGUGGAGGUGCACACUGUGGACAGCUUCCAGGGAUCUGAGGCUGAGGUGGUUUUGCUGUCCUUCGUCCGGGCGAAUGCGCAACGCCGACUGGGCUUCCUCUCAGAGUUUCGGAGGCUUAACGUGGCCCUCACCAGAGCGAAGCACUCGCUUAUUGUCUUUGCCAAUGCCACACUGCUGAAGGGCGAGCGCUCGCUCUCAGAUGAUGUGGCCGCACUUUUCGAGGAUGCCUCCCGCCGCAAGCUGAUUUGGAGAGAGGAUGAGCUGAAUCGACUGCUAUCUCCAACAUUCUCUGACAGCGAGGCCAAGACUUCGAUGCAAAGCAGCAUGCCCAGCCGAACCACGGCGCCCAUGAAAGUAGGGCCCUGUGGCCCCAUGAAGCGGGCUUCGCACAUGGCGAAGGGCCAGGGGCGACCAAAGCGGCCAAGGCGGGCCAAGGAGUCGAAGGAUUCCAACGAAUCCGCGGCUCCUCCGGGCCCUCCCAAGGAGCGGCCCAGGCCAAGGGGGAGCUAA